AUGUAUCAAGAUAGCCGUUACAACUAUGAACUACCCUCCAUAUACAAAGCUGGUCCCGUAGAAGAACGCGAGUCUUUUGAUAUACAACCUUCAGCGACACAAAACCAAGGCUUAAUCGACCACGACCUUCAAGGAUACCCGUCGCCUCCUUCCUCCGCCGACAACCCAUCCAAUGUCAACGAUCGUCAUUUGGCAUGGCUCCUUCUCAUGACCCCGCUUGCAAUGCUCAUUUUCACAGUCAUUCCUGCCGUGGCAUCGUUUCCCUAUGUUGAUACCAUGACAACCGGCGACGCUAUCUUUCGACUGAUCGAUCCAGUCAUUACAUUGCCAUUGAACCUCUUCAUCAUGUUUUAUGCAAUACCCUUACGAGAUUGGAGUUCUAGGCAUGCACGAGAACGAACACUGGUGUGGAUAUUAUGGGCUGUGGGUGCUGGUAUCUAUGUACAAGGACAUGGCGUGCAUUUAUCAGCUGCAAUGUUCAAGCAUCCUGUACAAGAUUUUAUCAACUCGCACCCUGCUUUGAUGGCAGCCAACCCUGAUGUGGCGGACGAACUCCAAGCUAUUUAUUCGUACAUGCGAAACUUUUGGGAACACAUCAUUGCCCAUUACAUGUAUGCAUUUGGUGCGGUGUGGAUGUCAUGGGUGCAAAUCUUUGCAUUCAGGAACCAGCUACAUGGGCCUCUUAAAACCGGUGAUCAAAUUGUAUUUGCAAUUGCUGCAUUGAUUUAUGGACUUUUGGUUGCUGGUGUGGCUAUUGAUUUCCCUUAUGGCACUUAUGUUGGAUUACCCUACACAAUCCUUUUGGGUAUUGUUUGUACCCUUCUCCUCACACUCAAUCCACAAGGACUUUCCAAAGGUGGCAUCCUUACAAUGGGCCGUCGUAUGGUGUUGCAGUAUUAUUUAGGCGCUUCUGUGGUGGGAUUGAUUGUGAUCAUUGGAUGGGUUGGCAAAUAUGGAUUCAAUAACCGGACAGCAGCUGGUAUCUGA